AUGUGCCACUUCUUUCAGGGCAUGCUUGACAGUUUUUAUAGCUCGCUCAGCCAUUCCAUUGGAGGAGGAAUAACCUGGACUGGAGAAGAAGCAGGCAAACAUACAAUAUUAUACACCUUUCACCUUUUAGUUGAGAGCAAAUAUAGACAGAACUAUAACAAUAAUAUUUUUGUUUCAGGUGUAAAGGGCAGAGUAGGAACAACAGGUAAGAUUGGAGAUUGUGGGGAACGUGGCCCCGCAGGUAAAAGAGGCCCCACAGGAGAUACCGGAAAUGUUGGACUGCCUGGUUCUCCAGGCCAUGAUGGAGGCAAAGGGGAUAAGGGCGAAAGAGGACCUCGUGGAGCUGCAGGAAUCUGCAAAUGUGGCAGCAUGCUGCCUAAAUCUGCUUUCUCUGUGGGAAUCACCAGCAGCUACCCCACAGAGAAGACCCCCAUCAAGUUCAAUGAGGUUCUCUUCAAUGAAGGUGGGCACUACAAUCCACAGACAGGAAAAUUAAUCUGUGCAUAUCCAGGAGUUUAUUAUUAUUUUUCCUAUGACAUCACGCUGGCCAACAAACAUUUGGCUAUUAGUUUAGUGCAAAAUGGUCAGUAUCGCAUAAAAACCUUUGAUGCCAACACGGGAAACCAUGAUGUGGCAUCUGGGUCCACUGUUAUGUACCUGAACCCAGAGGAUGAAGUAUGGAUGGAGAUCUUCUACCAUGAACAGAAUGGUUUAUUUGCAGACCCCAGCUGGGCGGACAGACUCUGCUCUGGUUUCCUGCUCUAUGCAGAUACAAACUACUUUGACAUACUGGCAGAGGACUAUGCAUAA